CAAAAGUUCUUCAUCAUGCAUUUAUAACAUUAUACAUUUUGUACAGAGUUGGUUUGUCAGUUAUGAAAAAAAGAGAUUAAAAAACGCACAAUACAGCCAGAUGUGCUUGCUUCAGGUAAAGGUAAAAUACUAUAUAUCAGCAAAACAAACCCAACAACUUAAAUGUGUCUUAGUGCAGUGAAGAUUAACCAUUUCUUGAUUUCUUUUCAUGUUAAAUUGGAUGAUUUUUUUGGGUCUUUUUCCUUCUGAUCUGAUGUAAAGCAGCGAUGACUAUGAAUCUCAAUGAUCAUAGAGAAAAAAUAAAUAAAAACCUUCAGAGGUAAAAUGCACUGUCAAGAGAAUAUGGAUUUGCAAUAAUGGUUAACAAUCAUAAACAAAAAGAAGAAUUCCAUCAUAAAAAGAAGCAGAGGCACAUAUUUACUCAUGGACAACAGCUUCAGUUGACCAGAAUGCAUUGCAGUCUACGAUUCUGUAACAUACAGGAGUGUCAGCCAGGCAGCAGAAUUUUCUGUCCACUUAAUCUGGUACAGAGUUGACUUCAUGAGGUCUCCUCCAAUCACAUAUUUUUUGCUGUAUCUAGCCCACAGCAAUUUCAGAAGGCUGAAUAUAUGGCAUAAGAUGAGAGCAGAGCAUCCGGGUACCUUCGUCAAGCCCCAGCCCCCUUUUGGGUUAAAGCAGCCCCUCUAAUUUGACUGGCAGUAAAUGCAAAUUCCGAGUUUUUUCCCCCCAAUUUAAUAGCAUAAAAUAAGAAUAUUGUAUUGCUUUUUAGCUAUCAGGAGCCCAAAUCCUAUGGCCAGUCAGGCAAACAAUUAUGUUAUGUCGUUGCUGAUCAAUGACCGGCGUCGUUAUAUAGAAAAAAAGAAAAGAAAAGAAAGAAAUAGGGGUUGAUGACAAGUGGACUAACCUGACAUACCGUAUUGAAUCUCCAGGGAGUGCUUACAGGGAAUGCAUGGAUAAUGGGACGUGGGCGUUGAAGAGCAAUUACUCCAGUUGUGAACCCAUUUUGGAGGAGAAGAGAAAAUAUCCAGUGCAUUAUAAAAUAGCGCUGAUCAUCAACUACCUAGGCCACUGUAUCUCUGUGGGAGCUCUAGUCGUGGCCUUCAUUCUCUUCUUGUGCUUAAGGAGCAUACGGUGUCUUCGAAACAUCAUCCACUGGAACUUGAUCACCACCUUCAUACUUAGGAAUGUUAUGUGGUUUUUGCUCCAGUUGAUAGACCAUAAUAUCCAUGAGAGCAAUGAGCCUUGGUGUCGAUUAAUUACAACCAUAUACAACUACUUUGUGGUGACAAACUUUUUCUGGAUGUUUGUUGAAGGAUGUUACCUUCACACAGCCAUUGUAAUGACUUAUUCAACUGAUAAGCUCAGAAAAUGGGUCUUCCUUUUCAUCGGCUGGUGUAUUCCAUUCCCUAUAAUAGUAGCCUGGGCCAUAGGAAAGUUGUAUUAUGAAAAUGAACAAUGUUGGUUUGGUAAAGAACCUGGAAAAUAUAUGGACUACAUUUACCAGGGACCAGUUAUUCUUGUGCUCCUGAUAAACUUUGUUUUCCUCUUCAACAUAGUAAGAAUUCUUAUGACCAAACUAAGAGCUUCAACCACAUCUGAAACAAUACAGUACAGAAAAGCCGUGAAAGCAACACUGGUCUUGCUACCUCUGCUGGGCAUCACCUACAUGCUCUUCUUUGUGAAUCCAGGGGAGGACGACAUCUCACAAAUCGUUUUCAUCUAUUUCAACUCCUUUUUGCAGUCUUUUCAGGGGUUCUUUGUGUCAGUGUUUUACUGCUUUCUAAAUGGAGAGGUACGUUCUGCAGUAAGGAAACGGUGGCACCGCUGGCAGGACAACCAUGCCCUUCGAGUGCGAGUGGCCCGAGCCAUGUCCAUCCCUACAUCUCCAACCAGGAUCAGCUUCCACAGCAUCAAACAGACCACAGCUGUGUGACCGGGGGGGGCGCAUAAUCUCCACUACAACAUCUAAGGGAACAGACUUAAUCUUUUUGUCCAGUACAAACAAUGAAGUGAUUUACAGAACAGUCUGGUUCCUCUUACAAGGCCUCAAUGUGUCCAGUGUGACUGAAGAAUUCCUGUUGUCUGGUGAGAACAAGUAAUAGCAUCUAAAAGUACACUUUAACUGCGCCUGAAGUAUGAUUGGACAUAAGAUUCUAACCCGUAACAUACUGUUCAUGAGGUGCAGGGUUUGAGUUUUUCUGGAGAUUAGAGUAUUUAAAAGACUUUAAAAUGAUCUUACAAUGUUCUUAUUGCUGUCAUCUUACUGCUUAGUGGUUAUUAGUGGAGAAAGAAAGCAGGAUACUUCAACUCUUGUAGACAUCUGCUCCAUUGUUACUUAGAGGGAAUGCGACAAGGAAUACUUCCAAUUUUUAUUAGAUACAUUGACCAAGAUGCACUCAAAACGUUGCCAAAAAAGCCAUUUCUAUUUAAUACAAUGAAUAUCAAAACGCAAAAAUGCUCUUUGGCAUCAACAGCUGCUUUUGACAGCUAGCAAAGAGGCUUUGGGGAUGAGGAGGGUUCACCUGAAUUAAACAUCAAAAACUAUACAGUAUAAAAGGCAUGAGAUUCAAAAGAGGCACUGCUCUCUCUUAUGAAAAGAAAUUAAAAAGAAUUUUGUGAACAAUUGGUAUUCACCUCACAAGACGUGGUGACACAUUUUGGUCAAUGUGAGAUGAUGAUUUUAUACAAACAAGCCAUUCUAAUGGAGCCUUUAUAAUGUGUCUUCUCCUUUAAGUAUGGGUUUCCUUUUACAAUAAUUUUCUUGUCUCGUACUGUACUGUUGUAAACAUUGUUGAAACACUUGUUCAUAAGCUAAUAAGCUAAGCUUCCUCUCUGUUGCAACUAUUUGUUUCCACCACCAUUUUCCACUUCCCCUUUGUUGGAUUUUGCUUUCCUUUUGCGAGAAGGAGGGUGUGAAGAGCAAUUCAAUGUUUUUAAACUCCCUGAGGCUGAUGGAUGAGCAGUCCCAAAUUAAAGCUCUCUUCCAAAUGAGAAGUUUAAGUAAUAAGAUUAUAUACAGUAUAUAUUACUUAUGGAGUUGGGGAAGUGAUUCUAAGUCAUUUAUGUAAUGUAUAUGUAUGUUAAGAACCAUGUGUGGAUUUAUCAUGCAGGCACAGUGGAAGCAGAUUAAAUUCUUUUAGCUUUAUGAAAUCCUUGUGGCUUUCUAGUAAUCAGUGUCACAACUAAGCUGCUGGUUCAAGAGAAGAGAAGCUUGAUGAAGUGAGCACCAAUUGCUUCCAUAAACACUUUCCCAGCCUGUAAUACCAUCUCUUAUAUCUGCUCAGGCUGCUCACACAUAAAUAGGAACAAUCUAUCUGCAAUGUCAAACUCCCAAAAUACUUUUGUUUUUUGCAAAAGGAUGAAGAGGGGAGAGGAAAUAUUAGGAAAGGAUUAUGAAGAAUAAAAAUAGUCUGAACUAUGUUGCAGAUGCUCCUUUGUGUGUCCCUACAUUUGCUACACAACAUCAGAAGAGUAUUUCUGUCUGUCAGGUGGUACAAUUGAGAAUGUUUAAAGGAAUAGUUCGACAUUUUGGGAAAUACACUUAUUUGUUUUUUUGCAGAGAGUUAGAAGAGAAGAUUGAUACCACUCUCAUA